CUGCGUCUCGGAGCAGCUGGUAAGAGGCUGCUGUCACCGCGGUGCUAACCUAGCUGUCGGCUAGCUGGCACCGGGAGAGGAUAUAAAAACAAACAAUGGCGGGCGUGCACCCCCAAGACGACCUGCUGAAGAUGACACACAGAGAAAACUGGAAGGUGCAGCAUGAGCGGCUGCAUGUGAAGCACAGGGGGCACGAGGCCAUGCAUGCAGAGAUGGUGCUGAUCCUCAUCGCCACCUUGGUGGUGGCUCAGAUCGUCCUGGUGCAGUGGAAGCAGCGGCACCACCGGUCUUACAAUCUGGUGACUCUGGUCCAGAUGUGGGUGGUCCCUCUUUACUUCACCAUCAAACUGUACUGGUGGAGGUUUCUGUCCAUGUGGGGAAUGUUCUCCGUCGUCACCAGCUACGUCAUUUUCAGAGCCACUCGCAAGCCCCUGUCCUGCAGGACGCCGAGGAUGGUGUACAAGUGGUUCCUGUUGAUCUACAAGCUGAGCUAUGCAGUGGGCGUCCUGGGCUACUUGGCCAUCAUGUUCACCAUGUUUGGCUUCAACGUCUUCUUCAGGAUCAAGGCAGAGGACUCUAUGGACGUAGGAGUAAUCAUGCUGUUUUAUGGUCUUUACUACGGCGUCAUGGGCAGAGACUUUGCUGAAAUCUGUUCUGACUACAUGGCUUCUACAAUCGGGUACUACAACAAGGGAGGCAUGCCCAGCAGGAGCCUGACCAACGACAUCUGCGCGGUGUGUGGUCAGAAGAUCCUGGUGGACGUGGAGGAGGAAGGAUUUAUAGAAGACACCUACCAGCUGUCCUGUGGACACUUGUUCCAUGAGUUCUGCAUCCGUGGCUGGUGCAUCGUGGGUAAGAAGCAGACCUGUCCGUACUGCAACGAGAAGGUUGACUUGAAGAGGAUGAUGAACAACCCCUGGGAGAAGACACAUGUCCUCUAUGGGCAGUUGCUUGACUGGCUCAGAUACCUGGUUGCCUGGCAACCCAUCAUCAUCGGUAUCGUUCAUGGGAUUAACUUCACACUGGGCCUUGAAUAGAGCCCAGAGGAGCGCCUCCGUAAGUACGUCUGGAGUGGAGUAAAGUGCGAGAAACGUUUGGCAGCGAACUGUCAAAGUCAGCGCGACGAGGAACUGACUCGGGCUGCUUCUGUAGUCUUUUGUUUCUUCACUACUUGUUCUUGGACUGAACGCUUGCAAACUUCCCUGCAGAGCGACCCCAGGUGGCCUUGGGUCUCUGUGUGCAGAGGACACCUUGAUCCUGAAACUGCUGCCAACUCGAACAGAAAUAUUUAAGCACAGAUCAAGUAUUUGAUCUUUUUGAAAUGUUUGACGCGAGAGGAAGAUGUGUCUAGUUUGGAACUUAUGGAAACACUGUCUCAUGCAUGUUGAUUUUGUUGAGAUAAACUGUUGCUUUACUUUGUACUGUCAUAAAAAUGCCUUUUUUUUUUUUUUUUUUGCACUCCUCACUGCUGGGUCUGUUGACACCACUAACAAGUUUCUACUCAAACUCUUCUUUUAUGAAACUUGAUCUGCAUUUUGAAAGCUGCAGCUCUUUGCACUUUGAUUAUGGAAAAGGACAAUUCAGUCCAAAUGUUUGUGGUACACAUAAAACCUGUUUACAUUUCAUGUAAAUUAGUUUUUUUUUUUUUUUUUUACUUAAGUUUUAUUUCAGUAUCUUCUCAUUUGUAUGGAGCUAAAGUUGAUGGUCAGUGGUCAGCUUGUAGCCGUUGAGUAUAUAGCAGUUAGUACGUUAUUGGCGGUUCCAAACAAAGACAGUGCAGAUGAACCUCCGUAAUGUAAACCAGUGUAGAAGAGAGUGAAACUUCCCUUCAGGGAUCAGUUUUAAGUAUCGUGUUACAAAAUGGGGGAUAAAGAUCAGAGAAGAGAGGUAGAGUGUACUCUUGGCUUACGUGUGCCCCAUAACUACAGUAGCCACACAAACAUUCAAUAAUAGGAGUUUUAAUGGGUUUUUAUCAGAUCCUUGAAAUGUUUUCUGGUUCAACAGGAGGAAAUCUUUCCUUUGCCAAAUCAAGUAGAUGUUGCUUUCUUAUCCAGACUGCUGCUAUUAACUUUGUACUGAAUAAAUCUAACUAUAAAUGUC